CUGGUCCUUUUCGCUGGCAGGAAACGUCCCGGGAAGAGGCGAGGCCCGCGGGAGCGACCCUGCCGCUUGCAAAGGCAGCUCGCAGGGAUGGGCAAGAAGAGCAAGAAGGAGCGGAAGGCCAAGGGGGCCGAGAAGACGGCCGCCAAGAUGGAGAAGAAAGUCUCCAAGCAGACCAAGAAAGAGGAGGAGGAUCUGGAGGCGCUGAUUGCCCAGUUCCAGUCUCUGGAUGCCGCCAAGACGCAGGUGCUGGAGACCCCCUGCGCCCCUCCCUCCCCAAGACUCAACGCCUCUCUCUCCGCUCACCCCGAGAAAGACGAGCUCAUCCUGUUUGGAGGUGAAUAUUUCAAUGGCCAAAAAAACAUCCUCUACAACGAGCUCUUCGUUUACAACAUCCGGAAGAACAGCUGGGCUAAAAUUGAUAUUCCAAGUCCUCCGCCUCGGCGCUGUGCUCACCAGGCGGUGGUGGUCGCUCAGAGUGGCGGACAACUUUGGCUGUUUGGUGGGGAAUUUGCUUCUCCGGAUGGGGAGCAGUUCUACCACUACAAAGACCUCUGGGUCUUGCAUUUGGCCAGCAGGACCUGGGAGCAAGUCAAAGCUUCAGGAGGACCCUCCGGGCGGAGUGGACACCGGAUGGCCGUCAACAAGAGGCAACUCAUCAUCUUUGGAGGCUUUCAUGAAAGUAGCCAAGACUACAUCUAUUACAACGAUGUCCAUGCUUUCAACCUGGACACCUUUGCUUGGUCCAAGCUGGCUCCUUCUGGGAUGGCCCCAGCCCCAAGGUCAGGUUGCCAUCUGGUUUCAACACCUGAGGGCCACCUCAUGGUCUAUGGAGGCUACUCCAAGCAGCGAAUUAAGAAGGACGUCGACAAAGGGACCCUCCAUACGGAUAUGUUUCUCUUGAGUGCUGAAGGCUUGGAAAAAUGGGCUUGGAGCAGGGUGAGCCCUUCUGGAGUGAAGCCAACACCCAGAUCCGGCUUCUCAGUGGCCUUGGCGCCUGGCAACCGCUCUCUUCUCUUUGGGGGCGUCCACGAUGAGGAAAAGGAAGAAUCUCUGGAAGGCGACUUCUUCAAUGACAUCUAUUUCUGUGAUCUGGCAAAGAAUCGGUGGUUUCUUGGACAGUUAAAGGGGUCAAAGUCCGAGAGAAAGAGAAGACGACGCGGAGCAGCGAAAGGGGAGGCCCAUCAGGCUGCUGGUGGAGGGGAUGAGGUGGAAGGGCAACCUCCCCCGGGCCCUGUGGAGAUGGUCAAGGAGGUGGUGGCAGAGGAUGGGACUGUGAUGAUUGUCAAGCAGCUCAUCUCAGCUCCUCAGGGGAAGUCCACAGAGUCCCCAGAGUCUGAAGAAGACGACGAUGACAGGGGAAACGAAGCCUCCAGCCCUCCAGUGGAGCCCUGCCCGCGUUCAAAUGCCAUGCUGGCAGUGAAGCAUGGGGUGCUCUACCUCUACGGGGGGAUGUUUGAGGUGGGGGACCGCCAGUUCACUCUCAACGACCUCUACGCCCUUGACCUCCACAAAAUGGAAGAGUGGAAGGUGCUUGUGGAGAUGGACCCAAAAACUCAGGAAUGGCUUGAAGAAUCUGAGUCCGAUGAAGAUGUGGAAGGUGCUGUGGGAGGAGAGGAGGAGGAGGAAGAAGAAGAGGACUCUGAGGAGGAGGAGAGCGGAGAGGAUGACAAGGAAGAACAUCCAGCUGUGCAACAGGAUGAAACAUUUGCAGACUACCUUUCCAAGACAGAGCAGUACUGGGUGAAUCUGGCUCGCCAGAACUUGGGCCCUGAUGCCAAAGAGAAGAAGACGGUGAAGGUGGGACAGGCUAUGGCGAAGGCAUUCUACGAAGGUGCUACCUAGGCAAAGCUUACCAGUGAUGGGCCAAAUGGGUGUGCUUGGCCAAUCCCGUCUUCCACAAGGCAGGAUCUGACUUGACAGUUGAUUGCUUAGAAGGCCCGUGGUGAAUAAGUUACUUCUGUCAAGGAUUUGAGAGCAAAGUAACUGACAUAUGCUGAGAAAAUCUGACUUUGUUUUUGACUGAUGUAAGUCAAGCCAAUGCUUUGAGGGAGAAGCUUUCUAUGGGGUUCAAUCCUUUACAGGCAGACAAGUUUUUACAAGAUUCGGGAUCUUCAGGAAAAUCCAUCGCACAAUGUUCUUGUGUUGUGAAGCUAGCUCUGUCAGAGAGUCCCAGUUAUUACUGCUUCUCGUGGACACUUCUGAGUUGUGGUGUGAGGAUGCUGAAUGGCUGGAGGAGUUUCCGAUGGCCCUGUGCAUGUACGGUUAUGCUGGAAGAGAAAGAGGGAUGAACGCAGAAAACGGAAAGCCUUUCGGGAGUGAGCGGCUGGAAUAACACCUUGAACGUUUAACAGAAGCCACAUCUCACACAGAUGCAGUCAGGAGGCUGGAAUUUGCCAUUUUAAGAGAGUUUACCAAUAAAAAUGCUUUUGCUGGUGA